AGUUUCGCGACCCAUCCUGCUUCAAAAACAAUGGUUGCAAUCUCCAAUCUCAUUAAUGGCGGACUUCUCCUCGUGGAUCAGCUGUUUUAUAGGGAUUUAGCUUCACCAGAACAGGCAUCGGUGGAAUCUUACAACGUCGUAAGAUUUUUGGGUGGAUCUGGGCCUUAUGUGCAACAUCCUGGUUUUGGAAUCUCCACAGAUAUCCCAGACCAAUGUUCUUUGAAACAGGUGCAUUUGAUGUCUAGACACGGUGAGAGGUUUCCAUCUCUGAGUUACGGGAAACGGUUUGAGGCAAUCAUGGACAAAGUGAAAUUAUACAAUGGAACUUUUAGAGGGGAGUUGGAAUUUUUCAACGACUAUACAUAUUUUGUUGACAACGAGAACAACUACGAGACGGAGACAACUUCAAUCAACUCGGAGGGAACAUUUUCAGGAACAACUGAUGCUAUGAAGCACGGGCUAUCAUUUAGGGCUAAAUACAACUCGUUGUUCAAUGCGUCUGCUGAGACACUCAAAGUAUUCACUGCCAAUUCUGCCAGAGUUCAUCAAACGAGCAACUAUUUUGCCAGAGGCUUCAUGGGUGACGAAUAUUCAGAUGAAGCUGUGGAAUAUUAUAUCUUGGAUGAGGAUGCAAGUAUGGGCGCCAACUCCAUGACACCAAGCUACGGCUGUCUUAAUUAUCAAUGGGACAUAAACGAGGAUAUUGUUGGUCAAUACAAUGAGUCGUACUUAGAUGGUGCGAGAAAGAGAUUGAUGAAAGACAAUGAAAAAUUCAACUUGACCACUUCGGACGUCAAGAAUAUGUUCCAGUGGUGUGCCUAUGAAAUCAAUGUCCGUGGCUCUUCGCCAGUUUGCGAUCUAUUUACAAAUGAAGAAUAUGUCCGCUACUCAUAUUUCCAAGACUUGGACAACUACUAUGCCAACUCUCAUGGAAACAAUUUGAGUGCCACUGUCUCAUCCGCCUGGUUGAAUGCCACCAGAAACUUUUUGAUGGAAAAAAGCCCUGCCUAUAGGGUGCUUUUGAGUUUCACUCACGACAACGAAAUCGAGACCUUCCAUGCCGCCCUCGGUCUUUUUGAGCCGGACGAAGACUUGCCUACCGACCACAUUCCCUUCCCGAUCCCAUAUUCGCAUAUCCAGGUAACACCUCAAGGGGCAAGAACGAUCACAGAAAAAUUUAGCUGUGGUGAUGCCACAUAUGUGAGGUACGUGGUAAACGAUGCCGUGAUCCCCAUCAAGACUUGUCAAGACGGGCCAGGCUUUUCUUGCGAGCUUUCAGAUUUCGAAAAAUACAUUGACCUGAGACUUGAAGGCAAGAGCUACGGAACUCAGUGCGGCAUCAACUCAACUGUCCCAUCUGUCGUUAGCUUUCUCUGGGAUUACGCCGAAAAGAAUUACACUACGCCCGACGGUGAUUUCUAGCGAGAUUAACACAGAAGAUAUAUUACAUACUCAAGAAAACUCAUGCUCCGAACAAACACACCAGUAACAUUUGACAGGAUCUGCAUCGGUCAGUUGAGAAGAACCGAUCUAUUGCGAGGAUUGCCUCGGAGCACUGCCUGUUUUCAACGCUUUUGUUAAUUAGUGAAUUAUUUUUGAAGACACCAUCUCUCGUUCAGUCAUGUUUUCGGCAAAUGGUGAUCAUGACAGCGGGCUCACCUUGACCCAGCAGUUGCGUUCUUGGAAAACGCUGCGCAUGGCAUUCGGCAGAGAGAAUCAGUCACCCCGCAACGCACGCACAACUGCGGGGCGUCUCAUCAUGUACUUGGUCCACUUGUAGACUUCAGGGAACUCGACUUUGAGGUUGAUACCAAUGCGAUCAACGACAUUGUUCCAUGGAACGAAGGACAAGUCGGCAACUGUGGCACGG